ACAAUAUUAUUAUUAGCCGACAAAAUAAUGGUUGUAAAUUAGUAAACAAGAUUCUUGGGGUUUGAAAUUCUUGUUCUCAACACUCUCCCACUCCACCAACCCUCCAACAUCUUCAAUGGCAGACUAGUCCAGAGCCAAAAGGAACACCAACCCCACUGCAAAAAUGGCGAUUAUUCCACCUGCUUCUGCAAACCCUCUAAUAAAAAGUUCUCUCUUUAGGGUCUUCUUCACCAUUUUCCUUUCUUCCUUCUUCUUCAUCCUCGGCUCUUACACCAUCUCCACCACUACUUCCACUUCUUCUUCUUCUUCUUCUUCUUCACCUCUCCUACACGACCAUUCCCUCCAUUGUUCCAAUCCCAACUUCUCAAUCUCACCACCUCUGCAAUUUUCAGCUCACCACACUCUUCCUCUCCCACCAGAACCUCCGAAAAUUCCAAAUUUCUUGGAUUUUUGCUCUGAAAAUUUUACCAACUACUGCCCAUGUCAUGAUCCAUCAAGAGAGAAUGGAUUCCCAGCUGAAAAGAAGUUUGAUAAGGAACGGCAUUGCCCUGAGGAGACAGGUGAGGGACUCCGGUGCUUGAUUCCGGCACCGGUUAGGUACCGUAGGCCAGUUCCGUGGCCGAAGAGUAGGGAGUUUGUUUGGUUUAGCAAUGUGCCUUUCCCUCGGUUGACUGUGUACAAGAAAUCGCAGAAUUGGGUUCGGUUGGAACGUGACCGGCUUGUUUUUCCGGGCGGCGGGACGUCUUUCCGGCAGGGAGUGAAGGGUUAUAUCGAGGAGAUCAAGAAAGUUGUGCCAUUGGCUUCUGGGAGUAUAAGAACUGUUCUUGACGUUGGCUGUGGGGUUGCAAGUUUUGGAGCCUCUCUAAUGGAUUACAACAUCUUGACAAUGUCAAUUGCACCAAUUGAUAAUCAUGAAGCACAAGUACAGUUUGCCUUGGAAAGAGGACUUCCAGCAAUGCUUGGCAUACUAAGCGUCCAUAGGUUACCAUACCCAUCAAGAUCAUUUGAUAUGGCACAUUGCUCGCGGUGCCUUGUACCAUGGACUCAAUAUGGUGGACUGUACUUGAUGGAGAUUGAUCGGGUUUUACGUCCCGGUGGCUACUGGAUUUUGUCUGGUCCACCUAUAAAUUGGAAGGUUACAUACAAAGAUUACCAGAGUCAGGCUCAAGAUUUUGAAAAAGAGCAAAUCAGUUUGGAAGAUCUUGCUCGGCGAAUGUGCUGGAAAAAGGUAGCAGAAAGGGGACCAAUUGCUGUAUGGAGAAAGCCAACAAAUCAUAUACAUUGUAUACAAAAAUUAAAGCUUUGGAAAUCUAUCCAAUUAUGUGUUGGAAAUGAUCCUGAUGCUAGUUGGUACAAAAAGAUGGAUCCCUGCAUCACCCCUCUCCCAAAUGUUACAGACAUCCAUGCUAUAUCUGGAGGAGCUCUCCAAAAAUGGCCUAAACGGCUGAUGAGCACUCCACCUAGAAUUACAAGUGACCUGAUCAAAGGAAUUACAGUUAAGGCAUUUCAUGAAGACACUCAGUUAUGGAGGAAGAGAGUUUCACAUUACCAUGUCGUUCUUAAAUCUCUAAAAACUGAUAAAUAUAGAAACAUUAUGGACAUGAAUGCCGGCAUAGGGAGCUUUGCAGCUGCAUUAGUGGAAUUUCCAGUAUGGGUUAUGAAUGUGGUACCAUUUGACGCAGAGAAAAACACCCUUGGUGUUGUAUUUGAACGAGGCCUAAUUGGAACUUACAUGAACUGGUGUGAGGCCUUCUCAACAUAUCCCCGAACAUACGAUCUGAUACAUGCCUAUAGUGUCUUCAGCAUGUAUAUAGACAAAUGUGACAUUAUAGAUAUCCUCCUCGAGUUGCAACGUAUUCUUCGUCCGCAUGGUACUGUUAUUAUAAGAGAUCAUGUGGACAUCAUUGUUAAAGUAAAAGACAUUACUGAUAAGAUGAGAUGGAAUGCCAAAAUAUUCCACUCUGAAAAUGGUCCAUUUCAUCCUGAGAAAAUACUACUUCUUGGAAACUCCCAGUAGAAAGCAGUUCCAGUGGUUAUUUUUUGCGGGCAACUGUUUGCAACCUAUGAUUUGUAAGGUAAAAUAUGCAUGCUACUUCUACAUGUAAAUUAUAGACUUAUUACAAGUUACAUCAUAUAACAAUGAGGUAGAGAGGGAAGGAGAGCAGUGUGAUAUUUCUUAACAAUCUUGGGAAGGAGAUAAGAAACAUACCCAAAAAAAAAAGGAACACUUUAACAUUUUGUAUUUUUCAUAUUUUGUGACUUCUUUUUAAACAUAUUUAGGUACAAUGCUGCAAAUUGAUCUUUUAGAUGGAUUAGUAAAAAUAUAUUCCAAUAAAAUUAUAUUACAUCUGUUUGUUUA